GCGACAUCUGGUGGCAAUAUUGUUAGAGAAAUCAUCGAAAGGUUAUUGCAUGUGAUUUUAAACUUUAUAAUAAAAGUGGAAAUUAUAUAUAUUGUAUAUACCUAAAAAUUAUGAUUAUUUAAAAAUUAUGGUGGCCAAACAUCUUAUACAAAUAAUUGUUUUAGGAGCUCAAGUAGUUGGGAGAGCAUUUGCACGUGCACUUCAACAAGAAUUUGCAGCAAGUAGAGCGGCAGCAGAAACAGCCGGAGGUGGUAAAUCUGGAACUGCGAGGGCUGCGGCAAAUGCAAAGGCAGGAAUAACAUUACAAGAAGCUAUAAAAAUCUUAAAUGUAGAUGAAAAAAUUAAUCCCGAAGUUGUACAGAAAAAUUACGAACAUUUAUUUUCUGUAAAUGAUAAAAGUAAAGGAGGUUCAUUUUAUUUGCAAUCAAAGAAAAUUCCUUGGAUGUUGGUGAGAAAUUUUCAUUCGUAUACCAGUGUCGUGGAGAAUUCGUCUCCAACCACCCAAGUAUUUUCGGAAGAGAAUAAACAACGGUGCAUAAAUCGUUUAAAAAAUCAACUUCCUGUCAAAGGAUUACAAGCAUCUACUGAUAAAAAAGCUGGAGUUUUAAUUCCGUUAUGUUUGGUUUCUGGAAAUCCUUCUGUUGUACUGACAUUAAGAUCCACUUCUUUGACAAAGCAUCGUGGCGAAAUUAGCUUUCCUGGAGGUCUUCAGGAAGUGCAAGAUCCGGAUAUAAUUUAUACAGCUAUGAGAGAAACAGAAGAAGAGCUCGGUUUCCCAUCCAAUAAAAUUAAAGUCUGGGGAAAAUUGAAUUCAGUGCCUUCCCGUAAGGGAGAUAUAAUUGUCGAACCCGUUCUUGCUUAUCUCGAAGACUUUAAUUUUGAUGCUCUUACUAUAAAUGAACAAGAAGUGGAAGAAAUAUUUACUAUAUCCAUUGAAGAACUAUGUAAUCCGAAUAAUUGGUAUUAUACUCAAUUUCGUUCCGGUACAGGUUACAGCCUUCCAGUAUUUUUAGUCGGGAAAUAUCGCAUAUGGGGUUUAACAGCUACAAUUCUACACAUGACUCUUCUUGCCUUACUUCCUGAUAAAUAUAAUCAUAAAUUGUAUUAUCAAAAGUUGUUAAGAACUAAUUAACGAUUUUAAAAAUGAUAAAACUAUAUUUUUAUUAAUACAAUAAUUAAAAAUCUCCCAAAAAACUUCUUAAAAGUUA